GCUACAAAAACUUUUGUACCUAUCACCUUCUACAAUAAUUGAUGCGUAAUUUUUAUUAUUUUUACAAAUAUUUAUUGAAAAAUUUUAUUAGUUUUUAAGUUUAAAGUAUUUAUUUUAUACAAAGGCAAAAAAGCCACUAGUGAUUUGUGAAAAAUAUAUAAUAUAUAUACAAUAGUUUUAUCAAUAUUUAGACGUAAUAGGAUGUCUCACCAUAUAAUGUCAGAUAGUAAAAAAGGGGACAGGAAAAAUCCUGUACGAUUUAAGGCACCAUUAUCACCUACACCAGUUAUCGAUAUAUCUGAUGACGAAUUGGUGUCAAUUUCAGUUAAAGAUUUGAAUCGUCAUUUAAAACUUAGGGGUCUUACAAGAGAAGAAAUUGUUCGUAUGAAACAAAGAAGGCGAACAUUAAAAAAUCGAGGAUAUGCAGCAUCUUGUCGAAUAAAGAGAAUCGAACAGAAGGAUGAAUUGGAGUCUGAAAAGACACAGGUUCUUGGUGAAUGGCGGGAUAUGGAAAUAAUGCAAGAAGAGACAGCACGAAUUCGAGACGAAGUUCAAAGUUACAGAACACGUUUUGAAGCGUUAAAAAAAUUUGCUAUUGUAAAUAAAAUCCCAUUGCCACCUGAAUUAACAGUAAUUUAGGUUUCUCUUAUAAUUAAUUGUAUAAUAAUAAGAAUUAAUUUAGGCAAUUAGCCCGUUUAUCCAAUGUAGGAUAAUCCUAAAUUCGUGAGUUCUUUGAUGAGCUGUGGUCCCUAUAUCAUGUUUAUUCUCUAUUUUUCGAAAACGAGAGUCCUACGCGCUAAAAAUUGAUAAACAUAUUUUUUUUUUGUGUUGUUUACUUUUAAUCAUGUA